UUUUCAUUGUCAGUUUAGUUUUUCAUUGUCACCUACCACGAUAAGUAUUAUAAUUAAGGUUUAAAAAAUUCCACCGAAACAAGUGCAACGUACCAAAACUCAAAAUGAUUAAAUCAAUUAAUAAAAUAUUAUUCCUUAAUUUUAUUAUUCUAUUAAUUUACAUGAAAGUUUUUUCAAAUGCUGAUGAUGAUGAACUGUUGAUACAAUCAUCAUGGAAUUUAUCUUCAGUGAAUUUAGAAGAUGAUGCUCUUAUUUGGAGAUUCACUAUUUGGAAGAACAGAGCUUUUCUGGCAAUUCCCAGACGGAAGAACGAUAUAAAAAAUAAACGAUAUACAUUGGUGGAGGCUCCCUGGCCGGAAAUAAGGGAUGAAACGACAUUCGCUCUGAGACCAUUUCCCAAUUCCUAUUCCCAAUUGAAUCACAUGGAUAAUUGUUUUCGAUCUCUUCGAUGCGUGGUGGCAUUAGAUAUCGACUCGAGAGGACGUCUUUGGGUUUUAGAUGUACCAACGGAAAAGAAAUGUUCGGCCAAAAUAAUUAUUUAUGAUUUAUUAAAAAAUAAUCAAGAGCUGAAAAGAGUAGAGUUAUCGAACGUCUCUACUGCAAAUUUAAGAGCCCUUGUCACUUAUUCUGACUCGGAGGACACGAGAGCUUACAUUGGUGACCCGGGGAAUGAAUCUAUCCUUGUAUACAGUCUAGCACUAAACAGAUUGUGGAAAAUUAAAUUGACACACGAGCCAGAUAUUCCAAAAGUGUAUAGCUCCGAUUUAGCAAUUUGCUGCAAAACCUCUCUUUUAUAUUUUACCGGAUAUCCCUCCCGUGAUCUUUUCAGUCUAGAUUUAGAAGAACUUCUGGAAAGAGAAGAAGCAACUGAGAAAAGAGUUAAAUCGAUGAAUGUCUCUUGGCACGGUGAAAAACUUGGAUCCUCGUCAGGAUUAUAUUGUGAUAAAAAGAACGGACUUCAUUAUUUUUUGAUAAACGAUAAAGCAAGCGUUCGUUGGGACACUGACUUUGAAUUAAAGGCCGAGAAUCAUCUCGUUCUUGUCCAAACUGAAGACGUACCAUACAUCACUCACUACGCUGCAGAUUCACAAAAGAACGUGUGGGGAUUAUCAAACGUCUGGUUUCCAUUUCGGGAAGAAAGCUUUAUCGAUUUCGAAACAAAACUCGAGUCACGAACAGUCAUGGUCUUCAACUACAGUCAAUAUUCUUAAGAAUCAUAUAUAUUUAUAUUUUCCAACCAAAAAAUUUAUUUUUGUCUCUAAUUAUCAAUUAUUAUUAUUUUCAUCAGUCUCUAUCUUUUAUAACAGAUUAAUUUCAAUUUUAAAUUUUACAAUUUAAACUUUUUUAAAAGUAUAUUUUCUUCUAAACUAUGGUUAUGUACUACUUAUUAAAUAAAAUUACAAAUUCUA